GCAGAGGAGCAGUACGUUACGUUGAUGGAGAUCACAAAGGUGGACCUCCGUGGGGUGGAGCCAGGCGGACGAGGAUGGGACGAAGCCCGGGAUGCGGUGACCGCGUCCGUGGUGGCCUACGGCUUCGUCGUAGUCCAGCACGCCGGGCUGGACAGAGACAAGCGGCAGGCGCUGUUCGAUCGCGUCAUGCCGGAGCUGUUCGCGCUGCCGGCGGAGGCCAAGCGGCUUAACGUGUGCGACGAUGUGAUCUAUGGAGGGUACAUCGGGCAGAUUCCCGGACUGGCUUACGAGACCAUGCGCAUCCAGGACAUCGCCGAUGCCGGCACCAUCAGGGACUUCGCCAAUCUCUUCUGGCCGCAGGGCAACCCCGCCUUCUGUGAAAUAGCUGCCGAAUUUGCCAAGAAUACUAUCAAGCUGGACCAGACAGUGACGGAGAUGGUCUUGGAGGGCCUUGGCGUACGGGACAGGCACGCCAUAGACUCGCACCGUGAGCACCUUCGCUAUUCCUUCCGGAUGUCCUACUACAGUAGUUCACCGGAGGACGACGCGGCGAGAGUGUCCCUCACACCGCACCGCGACUACGUCAUGACGAACGUGAUCCAGCAGCACGAAGUCGAAGGGCUGGAGGUGCAGCUAAGCGACGGCAGCUGGUUCGCCGUGCCUCCCGAGCCGGACACCUACAUCUUCGUCGCCGGCGAAUUAUUUAACGUGGUGACCAACGGACGGGUGAAGGCCUGCCUCCACCGCGUAAGGACGCCGAGCAACCGCGAGCGCUACUCCGCGCUGCUCGGCACCAUGCCUGCCAAGGGGAGCACGGUGCGAGCGAUAGACGAGCUCGUCGACGAAGAUCAUCCUCUGGUGUACAAUCCCUGCGACCCAUACGAGUACUGCAACUACCGGUACUCGCCGGAAGGGCUCAAAUUCAGAGACGCGCUCAAGGCUUUCUGCGGGGUGGGUAAAGAUGAACCUCUCAGCGCAUGA